AUGUCGAAAAAGAUUGGGAUUUCUGUGAUGGUGAAGAGGUUACAGAGGAGAGUUUUUGCUAGAACUAUUAAAGAUGUGAAAGAAGGGCACUUUGCAGUGAUAGCAGUGAAUGAACAUGAGGAGAGGAGGUUUGUUGUUCCUGUAGCAUAUCUUGAAAGGGCUUCAUUUGUAAGACUACUGGAACGGGCUGCUGAAGAGUUUGGGUUUAAUUAUGAAGGUGCGGUGGUUAUACCAUGCAGACCGAGCGAGCUUCAAAGACUGCUGGCUGAGCAAUCGGCAUAA